GCGACUUCCGCUGCAACAAGAGGUCCACGAUGAUCGCUCAUCUAGCUCAGAACCACGGGGGUUCCGGUAAAAGCAAAUUUACCAGCAAAAGAAAAUUCGCCUGUAUUAUUUGCGGCCUGAUCUGUUCUCGAAAGGAGACCCUGAGGUCUCACUUUGUACGCAAGCACACCCAGCACUACGAGUUCUCCUGCGAGCAGUGUGGCAAGGAGUUCAAGAUCAAGGGUGAUCUGACGACUCACAUGAGGCUGAAUCAUCGAGAACCUCCUGUGAUGUGCGACGUGUGCGGGAAAACCUGUCGAAACAGUCACAGUCUGUACACCCAUCAGAAACAUGCCCAUUAUAAAGCGAAAUACGAGUGCCCAGUCUGUCAUAGGAGAUUGGUGACCAAAGAGAACCUGGACCAGCACGUGCUGACCCAGCAUGAGAAGAAAGAGAAGUCGGUCUGCGAGGAAUGUGGCAAGACCUUCUUCGAAAACCACGAUUUUAGGAAACACAUGAGGAUACACACUGGGGAUAAACCGUAUAGCUGUUCAGUAUGCGCAAGAGCUUUCACCACGCACAGUAGUUUGAGUCAGCAUUUGCUGCUGCACACGGGGGAGAGGAUUUAUGUCUGCGACGUGUGUGGCAAGUCGUUCGCUCAGAAGGCUGGUCUCAUAUGCCAUAGAAAGAUACACUCUGGAACGUACGAGCUCGAGAACCUCAACUCGCGCGGUAUCUUUAUCUACGACAAGGAGUCGGUGGUGAUGAAAAAGUGGCAGAUCCUGGAGUUUGACGGGAAGCCUUACUACGCGUUUGUACCUGAAGGCGACACGCCGUUGGCCGAGGAGGAUAUACCCGAGCAGAUAGACGAGGCCGGGAACGACGAAGAGAAGCAGCACCUCGUUAAGGUCGAGUGUCUGUACAACGAGGAGGACCUUCAGUACGACUCGUCCGACGAGAAGUUGUACGAGGACGAGCAACUUCUGAACGGAAGUUGCGAGCAGAAGGAGGAGGACGAUAUCAAACCGAUCAUCCUAAACGGUACCAUAGACGGGGAUAACGACAAAUCUAUCGGGGAUCUUUAUCAGGUGAAAGUUCAGGGUAGCAUGGUGACUAUAGAGAAACUGACAUCGGAGCAGGUGGAUCAGGUCGACCAGGUAGAUCAGGAUCAGAUAGAACAGGUGGAAUAUCUCGAGGAAGAGAUUCUAGAGUCCGCGAACAAUCACGUAACACCGACGAAGACACGCAGAAAAGUGUCAAGAAACUCAGGCGGAGCUCUAAAGUGCAAAGUCUGCUCGGAGAUGUUCAGCUCGGCGAUCUCGUUCAGGAAACACGUAGCGUGGACGCACAAGAAGAAGGUAUGCAUACAGGAAGAUGGCGCGUACAUCUGCGCGGUCUGCGACUACAGGACUCUGAAGAAGAGCCUGUUCGCUGCCCAUUUGGAGAGGAAACACGAAACGUGGUCCAGGAAGCGUCCGAACAACAUGUUGUUCCCGUGUGCUGCCUGCGGGUUCGUCUGCAGGUCGAAGCACUCGUUGCAGUCGCACUUCAUCAGGAAGCACACCGAUCGGUACGAACACCAGUGUAAAUUCUGUCCAAAGAAGUUCAAGGUAAAAGGCGACCUGACCAAUCACGUUCGGUUUCAUCACAAGGAGAAACCGAUCAACUGCGACGUCUGCGGUAAACUGUGUCAGAACAGUGGCUCUCUUUACGUGCACCAGAAAUGGGCACACUACAAACCUAAAUACGAAUGUCACAUAUGCAAGAGACGCAUGGUGACGCAGGAAAAUCUAGACCAACAUCUGUUAACGCAACACGAGAAGAGGGAGAAAAUCGUGUGUGCCGAGUGCGGCAAGACGUUCACCAAGAAAGACUCGUUCAAGAGGCACAUGGCGGUGCACACCGGGUGCAAGCCACAUUCCUGUCUGAUCUGCAAUAAACCGUUCGCGAGGAGAUCCCAGUUGCGUCAACAUUUGCUCAUCCACACCGGAAAGAGGCCUUUCGUCUGCGACAUCUGCGGCAAGGCGUUCACUCAGAAGCCUGGUCUGAUUUGUCACAGGAAAACUCAUCCUGGCCCUCACCCACCCUUACCUGUCAUGCCCAUCGCGGACAUCGUGAAAGAGUUCACCGAGGGAUACGUGCAGGAGAUAAAUGCUCGCGAAAACGAGGAGAGGAUCGAGGAAGAAGCGAUCUUGGAUCCCCUGAGCGAGGAAUUCAAGCCAGACAACCUGUCGCAAUCGCCGCUGCAGAUCCCCGGGGUAUACGUGAACUGGAUCGUCAAAGAGAACUUCCACAUAGUACCCACGAACCAGGAAGAGGACAACCGUGAGUCCCUUCAAAAUAGCCCGAACGAGCAAUCCAAGAAGAAGACACUGACCACUCGUCUAGAAUGUGACCACUGUCGACGUAAGUUCUUCAAGAAAAGCAACCUGGCAGAGCACUUGAAGAAGCACAGACACAAAUGCUCCGAAUGUCCAAAGACCUUCAGACUCCGUCGAUACCUAGCCUCUCACGUAGAGAGAAUUCAUCGUCGUCAGGUGUACUACUGCAGCGUGUGCGAAUACAAGAGCAACAACAAAGGCACCCUGAAGAACCACUACAUCCGUCUGCACACCACCAACUACAACUUCGCUUGCGACACCUGUGGCAAGCAGUUCAAGAUAAAGAAAGCGUUGAACCACCACGUGAAGCAGAACCACAGCGACGCACCGCCUAUAGUGUGCGACGUUUGUGGCCACUUCAGCAAGAAUCUUCACGCUCUGAAGGCUCAUAUGAAGUACAGACACUACAAGCCUGAGUUCAUCUGCCGAAUCUGCAGAAGAGGUAUGACUACCCAGGAGAAUCUCGAGCAACAUUUAACCUGGCACGAGACCAGGGAGAAGGUUCUGUGCCCUACCUGUGGAAAGAGGUUUCGAGGUAGGGAUCUGGACUCUCAUAUGCGGGUACACACAGGUGUCAAGCCUUUUCCGUGUCCCGUCUGCGGGAAAUCCUUCAGAAGACAGACCGCUCAGGAGCAACACGUGCUCAUCCACACUGGAAAGAGACCUUACGUCUGCGACAUUUGCGGCCAAGCUUUUGCACAGAAACCUGGCCUGAUUUGUCACAGAAAGCGACAUCCUGGUCCACUUCCUCCGCUGCCUGUCGUCUCCAUCAAGAACAUCGUCACGGAUAGUUCACCAGCGUUGGAUCCCCUAAACGGCAGCGACACGAACCCCUUGGAAGAGCCUUGCGUGAUCAAAAUAGAGAACUCGUAUUCGUUGGUGAAAAAGGACCAGAGGCAGCAAAGGGAUAGGCUGAGGAGAAUGAAGCUGAAGAUUCACGCGAUCGCGUCUCGAGGUCCAAAGCUGAAGAGACCCUUGGAUCUGAAGAAACCAAAGAAGCAAACGGAGUCGCUGUUAGAGUGCGACUUCUGCGGCAAGCAGUUCAAUCGGAAGUCCUUCCUGGCGUCGCACAUGAAGCAGCACAGGCACCGCUGCAAGACCUGCGGCCAAACCUUCAGACUGAGGAAAGACUUGAAGCAACACUCGGAACAGGUCCACGGCCCGGUGCUCUAUCCCUGCAGCAUCUGCGAGUACAAGAGCAACAACAGGUGGACGUUGAAGGACCAUUUCAUCAGGAAGCACACGAGCAGCUUCGACUACUCUUGCGCUGUUUGCGGGAAGCAGUUCAAGAUAAAGAACGACAUGGUGCAACAUGCAAAGCAGAUGCACAGCAACGCACCUCCUGUUAUCUGCACCGUCUGUGGCCAUGUCUGCAAGAGCGUGCCUUCUUUGAAGGCUCACAUGAAGUACAGGCACUACAAGCCUGCAUACGAGUGCAGCUUGUGCAAACGUUGCAUGACGACCCAGAAGAACCUGGAGCAGCAUUUGCUGUGGCACAAGAGGAAGGAGAAGGUGGUCUGCCCAACUUGCGGCAAGACGUUCGGUCAGAAAAGGGACUUGGAUCUUCAUUUGAGGAUUCACGAAGGUAUCAGGCCAUUCUCUUGUCCUGUCUGUGGCAAGAAGUUCCCGAGACGGACUGCUCAGGAGCAGCACAUACUGAUACACACGGGCCAGAGGCCGUAUACUUGUGAUAUAUGCGGGCAAAAGUUUGCUCAGAAGCCGGGACUGAUCUGCCACAGGAAGCGACAUCCUGGUCCUCUGCCACCGCUACCUGUGAUCUCUAUCAGAAAAAUCAUCGCGGUUCAUCGACUCUUCUGUUUCAGGUCGCGAAGAGCAACCUCGCGAGCCGUUCACGAGUGCAUCAAAUGCGGAGCCUGCUUCUGUCACACGCGAAAGCUAGUGGAACACCUGAAGAACCUGCACGGUAUUGACAGAGCCUUCAGCUGCGACGAGUGUGGCAAGACUUUCAGAAGUCCCAUGAACAUAGCUCGUCACAAGUUGAUUCACACCGGAUCCAAGAGAUUCGCUUGCGACCUGUGCGACUACAGGUCGAACCAGAAAUCGAACCUCGAGAGCCACCGUCGACGUCACGUGAAGGAUUACUCGUUCAGGUGCGAACAAUGUCGCAAAGGCUUCUUCCUGAGAACCGAGUACCUGGAACACGUGAACGUGCACACUAGAAAACAAUUGUACAAAUGCGACCAUUGCAGCAAGUCCUACCCUUACAAGAAGAACCUGACCAAUCACCUACGCACGCAACACGCGAGUGUUCUGCCGGCAGAACUGAAGAACGACGCGAUACAGAAGCACGUGUGCACGAUCUGCCUGGAAGGUUUCGCGCGGAAAUCGUUCCUGGAAAGGCACCUGAAGCAACGGCACGGGUUGUUCGAGAAAACGAAGCAUUUGUGCGAUCUGUGCGGGGCUGUGCUGUCUUCCAAGAGAAGACUGAUGGUGCACAGACGGGGUCACGUUAACGAGAAGAUCGUUAAGUGCGAUUUAUGCGAUAAGCAGUUCUCUAGCAAAGAGAACCUCAGUGUUCAUCGACGAGUGCACACAGGGGAAAAACCGUACGGUUGUUCACAGUGUGGCAGAAGAUUCACACAAAGGACCUCUUUGAUCUUGCAUCUUAGGUACCACUCUGGGGAGAGGCCGUACCAAUGCGUGGACUGCGGCAAAGGUUUCGUUUCUGGCAGCUUUUUGAAGAAGCAUCGCAAGAUACACGAGAAAACCACGCAGCUGGAGACUUCCUUCUGUAGCAAAGGGUACCUCGGUGCUCAUCAGCGAAUGUACAUAGGGGAAAAACCGUACGGUUGUUCACAAUGUGGCAGAAGAUUUGCACAAAGGACCUCUUUGAUAUUGGCAGAGAGUUGCAAGAAUUCUUCUCUAGCAAAAGGAACCCUCGGUGCUCAUCAGCGAAUGCACAUAGGGGAAAAACCGUACGGUUGUUCACAGUGUGUCAGAAGAUUCACGCAAAGGACCUCUUUGAUCUUGCAUCUUAGGUGCCACUCAGGAAAGAGGCCUUACCAUUGCGUGGAUUGCGGCAAAGGUUUCGUUUCUGGCAGCUUUUUGAAGAAGCAUCGCAGGAUACGCGAGAAAACCACGCAGCUUGGAGUCUUCCCUGUGAUGGAAGUCGUAUUGACAGAGAGUUGCGCGAGUUCCCACUGGAGCAACGAUCACGACGAGCUUAGCAGCUGCGAAGAUUUCAGAAUCAAGACCGAGGAUAUUCUUCUCGAUCCUGGGCAGAAAUUCGAGGGAAACGAGAAGGUUUGCGACCUCUGUCAAGAAAAGUUUCACUUCGUAACCAGAUUAGUGGCACACCUGAGGAUCGUGCACGGUAUCCAUAGACCCUUCAAGUGCGUCACCUGCGAGAAAACUUACCCCCAGCAGUUUAUGUUAAACGCUCACGUGAAAAAGUCUCACACUCCCAAAACGAUCCCGUGCACUCAGUGCAGUUUCAUGGGGGUGAACGCCACCGAUGUGGAAAGACACUCGAAACGGCACCACCGGGAGGUGAAGUUCACCUGCGAAAUCUGCAGCGAGAACUUCGUGGACAAGGAUUCCCUGAUGACUCAUACGGCCAUGCAUAACUUUAUGCAGUAUCAACAGUGCAAUGCUUGUGGUAGCACCUUCAACGAUGUGUACAGCUUAAAGGAGCACAACCGUUUGUACCACUACGACCCAGCAGCCCUGAUCCAGGAGAAGCUGGAGGAAGACGAGCCGCAGAACACCGAGCACAAGUGCGACGUUUGCGGGAAGGUUUACAAGUACAAAUCGGUAUUGAAACAGCACAAGGUGAAGGCUCACGGCGACAUGCCGAACUACGAAAGGCGUCGAUACCUCUGCGCCCUUUGUGGCAAAGAGCUGAAGACAGCGAAGGGUCUCGAGAUCCACAAUCGAUCGCACACCGGCGAAAAACCCUACACCUGCGAGGUGUGUGGCAAGUGUUUCGCCUGCGAGACGUUGCUGAGGACUCAUAACGUCACGCACACCGGCGAGAGAAAGUACUCCUGCGACCAGUGCGGCAAAGCUUUCACCCAGAGGUCCACCCUGGUGGUCCACAAGCGUUACCACACCGGCGAACGACCGUACGUUUGUCCUCGAUGUGGCAAAGGUUUCGUCACCAGGACUGUUCUGAAUACUCACAUGAAGUCCUGUCGUUGA